CUAUCGCAUAACGGGGCUCGUCAUCGAAAGAUUGUCCUCGCCGGCCACCGUAUGAUGACGUGUCUCCUGCUGUAGCGCUAGAGCUCAAGGUACAGUCUACACAGCCACCGGACAACUUCACUGGUUCAGGAUGAGGCGCGCUGGAUUGGGCGAAGGAGGCCCUGGGAAUUAUGUGGCUAGUGGAUACAGUGUUUAUGAAGAGGAGAAUGAACAUCUGCAGGAGGGACUGAGGGCUAAAGUCACCGCCCUGAAGAGUCUGUCUAUCGACAUCGGAACGGAAGUCAAAUACCAGAAUAAAAUGCUGGAUGAUAUGGACACAGACUUUGACUCAACAGGCGGCCUGCUUGGUGCUACUAUCGGCAGAGUCAAGCAGCUGUCCAGAGGCAGUCAGACCAAACUGCUGUGCUACAUGCUGCUCUUCUGUCUUUUCGUCUUCUUUGUCCUGUAUUGGUUCAUCAAGCUGAGGUGAUAAGCAGGCUCUGUUGGACUUGACCUCCUAACUCCCCGUCUUCAUCCCCAAUGUUUGCCAAGCCAAUGCGUCUCAAAACUAGACCCACAUGAUGUUGAUGAGGAAAGGCAGGGAUAUUUCUUUUAAGUGUCUCAGCUUUACAUGUGCCCACAUCUCAGAGUAUUUCAUGAAUAAAACCCACAAAAUGUAGUUAUGAAAGAACUCCUACUGAUACUAUGUGAUGGAACCCUAAACAGUAGGUAAAAUAGGUCUAAGAUGAUUAAUGACCAAGUGAAGUAGGAGUUGUUAACUGUAUAUGUAUAUAUGAAGCAGACACUGACAGUAUAUGUUUGUGCUUGAUAUCAGCCCAAUUUACCUGGAUGAGAAGAUGAGACAUAACAUUAAACGUGUAGCAACUGUAGAAGAUACUACUGUGUCAAAAACCUUAAUUUAGUCGGGGGCACAUUAUAUGAGAGAUGUGAUGAAUUGGCAAAUCUGUAUAUACAGACAAUGUUGUGUUAAAAGUUAUUAAGUUAUAGAAUGCUACUUGAAGCAAAUAAUCUAAUGUUUUGCUUUUUAAGAAUGAAUGGAUGUUUUACAGGAGUUGCCAUUCAUUGAACAAUUAAUAACAGUGUGCUUUAUUGUUUCAUCUUUGUUGUAAAAAUGUUUUUUUUAAUGUAAAUAAACAAAUUUUAUGCUCUAAAUUGACUUGUGUUAAU